ACUCGCUUUACUCUUUCUCCUCACUUCUUUAUUAUCCACAACUCUUGGAGGGUGAUGUUCAAUGAUUGGCUAGUUGGGGAAUCGGAGAUUGGAGGCUUGCAUUUCUAAUCGGCGUUCAUGUUUAGCCUACACCUUGCACACCCACUGAGCCGAGAGGACGGACAGAGUGCGAGGAGCGUGAAAGGGCUGGAGCUCGGAGUUAAUAACCGUUGGCAGUAGCAGCGGACCGAGACGACCGAAACAGUCGAUACUUUUUUUAACGGAUUUAACGGGCGAAAUUGGCUAGUGCUCAAGUUGGGUCUAGAGGAGAGCGCAUCAGUCAAGUAUUUUUCGUCUUCGUACGUGAUUUCUGUAUUAUUAUUCCGCGUCAGAUGUUAAAAUAUACGGAGCUCUGGCUGAUAUACGAAACUUUCUUCCGACUUGCCCUGUCAGCGCUUCUUCUAUGGUUCGCCUUUUACCCGGACACGACGGGAGUUGGACGCGAUAAUAUCUGGAGUACUGUUCCAUCAAGUUGUUGAUGUUGUUCAUCCGGAGUUAUUGGUGUUUUGGGGGGUCUUCUCUGAGAUUUACUGUAUUGGAGGAACUCAUAGCAAGAAAUAACAUUUUAAGUUUAUUUUAUUCCAAGGGAGAAAGGAUUUUAUUUGUUUAUUCCAUGUUGGUUUAUUUAUUCCAGUAACCUAAACUACGUGUAGCCUAUAUUUUAAGGGACACAUUGAAGAGAGUGGAGGGGCGACAUCCACGGCAUCGAGAGCACCUGGGACGUAUCGCCGUGGCGUAGCCCGGUAAAGAUGCUCUCUGUUCGGAUGCAGCGUGACCAAGGACUCGGUCAUCUACUGGUUCUCCUUGUUCUCACCAGUGGAUAUCUCGUCUCCGAUGCUGAGAGCAGCGACUACAGCGACGUGAUUCCAGACUCGUUCUCCUUCGCCUCGGCAGAACCGCUCCCAGAGUUCCAGCUGGAACCGGAGGACGGGUUCAUCGUUAAGAACCGCCCGGUGCAGCUCCGCUGUAGAGCCGCCCCCGCCACACAGAUAUACUUCAAGUGUAACGGAGAGUGGGUCAACCAGAACGAUCAUGUGACCAGAGAGAGCCUCGACCAGAUCACAGGCCUGGUGGUGAGGGAGGUGGAUAUAUCUGUAUCGAGGACCCAGGUGGAGGAACUGUUUGGUCUGGAGGACUACUGGUGUCAGUGUGUGGCCUGGAGCUCUGCAGGCACCACCAAGAGUAGUCGCGCGUACGUCCGCAUCGCAUAUCUGCGUAAGACCUUUGAGCAGGAGCCUCUGGGUCGAGAGGUGAGAUUGGAGCAGGAGGUGUUACUGCAGUGUCGACCCCCUGAGGGCAUGCCUACUGCUGAGGUGGACUGGUUGAAGAAUGAGGACAUCAUAGAUCCGUCUCAGGACUCUAACUUCCUGAUGACCGUAGAAAAUGACCUCAUAAUUAAACAGGCCCGUCUCUCUGACACGGCCAACUACACCUGUGUGGCACGUAACCAGGUAGCCAAGAGACGCAGUAGUACCGCCACGCUUAUCGUCUACGUGAGUGGGGGCUGGUCUUCGUGGACUGAGUGGUCGCAGUGUAACGCCCAGUGUGGGCGGGGCUGGCAACGACGGACACGCAGCUGCACCAAUCCCGCGCCUCUAAACGGGGGAGCCUUCUGCGAGGGCUCGGCUUUCCAGAGAGUCACAUGCACCACUCUGUGUCCAGUGGACGGAGGCUGGACGGACUGGGCCAAAUGGUCAGCGUGUGGGACAGAGUGUACCCAUUGGAGGAGCAGGGAGUGUCAGGCCCCCCCGCCCCGGAAUGGAGGACAUGUUUCCGUGGGGACAUUUGUUUGUUACACCCAGUGUUUCCGUGGGGACAUUUAUAAAAAGGCCUCUAUUGAACAUGCCAGUUAUCCGUUGGACCCUGGUAUGGGUGUAACAGUGUACGCUGGCCUGGUGGGGGCGCUGUUACUGUGUGUGGUGCUGGUGCUGUGUGUGGGGGUGUUGGCAUACCGACGCAACUGUCGCCAUCUCCACGGCGAUAUCACCGACUCCUCCUCCGCCCUCACCACAACCUUCCAGCCCGGCAACUGCAAACCACCCAGACAGGACAACCCUCACCUCCUCCACCCCUCUGCGCCCCCGGACCUGACAGCCACAGCGUGUACCUUCAGGGAUCCUCUCUUCUCCCUGCAGCAGGGUGCCAAUGAUGGUCACCACAAGAUCCCCAUGACAACGUCUCCCCUGCUGGACCCCCUGCCCAGCCUCAAGAUCAAGGUGUACAACUCAUCCAACCUGUCAUCCCUGGAGUUACCAGCAGAGGGCCACAGCGACCCUGAGAUCCUCAGCCUGAAACAUGUUGGCAUGGGGGUCACCAUGGUACGGGACAGAGACGGGCAUCAUACACUGUCCAGAGAGCCUGGCCACAGCACCUCCGUUACCCUGGGCAACCUGGGGGGACGCCUUACCAUCCCUAACACAGGUGUGAGUCUGUUGGUUCCAUCAGGUACUAUUCCUCAGGGGAAGUUCUAUGAGAUCUACCUCACCAUCAACAAGUGGGAGAAAACCACGUUGCCGUCGGAGGGCAGUCAGACAGUGCUGAGCCCAGUGGUGAGCUGUGGUCCAUCAGGCAUGCUACUGAGUCGACCUGUGGUCCUCACUCUGCCACACUGUGCCCAGCUAGAUACCCCAACACCAGACUGGACCCUCACCCUCAAGACACAGACACACCAAGGGGCAUGGGAGGAGGUGCUGACGGUGGGAGAGGAGAGUCUAUCGUCCCCCUGCUACCUCCAGCUAGAGGAGUCUAACUGUCACGUGGUGAUGGAGCAGUUGGGGACCUACGGUCUAGUGGGCCAGUCCUGCCCUCCCCAGCCCGCCUGUAAGAGGCUACAGCUGGCCCUGUUCGCCCCCAGAGCCCCCUGUCUCUCUCUGGAUUACAUCCUGAGGAUUUACUGCACACAGGACACACCACACGCCCUGAAGGAGGUGUUGGAGUUGGAGAGGAGUCUAGGGGGGGUGUUGCUGGAGGACCCUAAACCCCUGCUGUUUAAAGAUAGCUACCACAACUUGCGUCUGUCCAUCCAUGACAUCCCUCACUCGCAAUGGAGAAGCAAACUACUGGCCAAGUACCAGGAGAUUCCAUUCUACCACAUCUGGAGUGGUGGUCAGAGACCCCUUCACUGUACCUUCAACCUCGAGAGAGGCAGCCUGGCAGUGUCUCAGCUCACCUGUAAGAUCUGUGUCAGACAGGUGGAAGGAGAGGGACAGAUCUUCCAACUGCACACAGACAUACAGGAGAGCCUCCCGCCCUGCUUCCCCCUCCCCUCCGUGGGUACCUGCCUGCCCUCCUCCCAGGCGGGACCCUAUGCCUUCCGUCUGCCCACCUCCAUACGACAGAAGAUCUGUGCCAGUCUGGACGUCCCCAGCGCCCGCGGCUGUGACUGGAGACUGCUGGCACACAGCCUGGGCUUCGACAGGUAUCUCAACUACUUUGCAACAAAGCCCAGCCCCACAGGUGUUCUGUUGGACCUAUGGGAGGCCAGUCACCAAGGCGAUGCGGACCUGGUGUCCCUAGCGACCGCUCUCGAGGAGAUGGGCAAAAGUGAGGUUCUGGUUGUCAUGGCGACAGACGGCGAUUGCUGAUUGGUCAAAGAAAAAGGAGACAGAGGGGGGAAAAAGUAGGGGGGGGGGGAUCUUGUCAUCGUAAAGAAAUAAAUUCAAUACACCAAUACUUGCCUAUGGACACGAAAACUUGCCCAGCCCUUCUGCACUACAGACUCCUAUGGAAACAUGCCCAGUCCACACCUUCUGCAUAGACUUAGCACUACAGACUAUUAGCUUUCUCUUGCCUGUAAUACCUCUGUCCCAUGGCCCAUCACCUCUCAGUGCCCCCUUCAUCAGCCUCUCUAUGCCCAGCACACCCACCCCAUCCUGGGCUAGCUCUGCUACCAGCUACCCAGGCUCACCUUGAGGCCUAACUCCCCCUCAGCAAUGUUGCAGCUCUCCUGGAGAGGAACGAUGUUGGUGUGAAAUCCUCGGUGGUUUGAACUGUGUUGUUUUAACAGAGCAGAAACAAAGCUGUUUAACUUGUACAUGAAACAACCACUGAAGACCUUCAACAAUGAAAUGUCAAGCACUCAUACACUCAAAGUGCACACACACACACACACACACACGCACGCACG